AUGUCCAAGUCAGGGUGUCCUGGAGCUGGGCUCUACGUCGUCGAGGGUGAGGUCUCUCUGUUAAUGACCGCGAUGCGACGUGGUGUAAGAUGGUCAUCGCAUUCACAUCAGGACGAAGACCAGGAUGUCCUGAUGAAAGGUUUGACAACCUUAAAAGAAGCCUUGAGCGACUCAAAAAGUCUGUCUCAACUAGAACCAGGGGUGUUCUUGGCGCCAUUUUUAGAAAUAAUCCGUUCUGAGGAAACAACAGGUCCAGUAACAAGUCUCGCGUUAGCCGCUGUGAAUAAAAUAAUAUCCUACGGAUUGAUAGAUAACGACCACCCGGCAAUAAGUUCGUGCGUGGAAGCAGUUUCCGACGCAGUAACGCAUGCGCGUUUUGUCGGAACAGACGCUUCAUCAGAUGGCGUAGUUUUAAUGCGAAUCCUCCAGGUGCUACGAGCGCUAGUACUGGCCCCUAUCGGGGACCACCUUUCUGACGAGAGUAUCUGCGAAAUAAUGUUGAGUUGCUUCAGAAUUUGCUUUGAAACCCGGCUCAGCGAGCUCUUGCGGCGUACUGCCGAACACUGUCUCCGCGACAUGGUCCACCAUCUUUUCGUUCGACUACCUCAAUUCGCAGAUGACACCCGCGUUCUUCCGAAUAUGAAAAAAAUGCGAGCUAACGGCAUUGAAAACACUAGACCCAAGCGGAAAAUCAGUAAGAAUCUUAAGCAGAAAAUAAAGCCCGCGAUUGAUGAUUUGGACGAUACUGAUACUAAGGAUUUGCUCAGUCCCGUGGAACGUAUUCGCGGAAACCAUUUGGCAACGACGCCUAUCACUCCUGCGGGUAAUAUUGUAGAUAUGCAAGGGUCGCUGGAUCAAGGAACGCCGGAUAAAAUUGAGGAGGAGAAGGAUAAGGUUAAGGAUAGUAGUUCUGAAGGUAACCCAAUUGCUAAAGACCUAGAAGGUAAUCCAAUUAUUAAAAACCAAGAAGGUAACCCAGUUGUUAAUGAUCAAGAAGGUAACCCAAUUGUUAAUGAUCAAGAAAGUAACCCAAUUGCUAAUGAUCAAGGAGAUAAGAUAGUUGAAGAGGAUCAAGAAGGUAAAACAGUUAAUGAUAAUGAUAAGCCUAUUCAAGAAAAUGGCGAUAAAUGUGAAGAAGAUAGUAGUGUAAAGUCUAAUGAAGAUACCAAAAACGACGAAAAAUCUAAAGAACCAAUCCCCGAAAGUCCGGAAUUAGCUCAAUCCCCGCUAGGUAGCGUUGAAGACUUGUCUGUCGAUGAAAAGCUGCCCAAAAUAGUCGUAGAUGAAGUCCAGGAAUACGUGAACCAACAAGGAGUACGUUUUACCCCUUUGCAAAAAUUGACUCCUUAUGGCGCAUUAUGUAUUCGCGAAUUGUUCCGAUUUCUAGUUACGCUUUGCAACCCAUCCGACAAACAGAACACGGAAACUAUGACCCAUGUGGGUCUUAGUCUUUUGCAAGUAGCGCUGGAGAUUUCAGCGGAUGCAUUAGCAAACUUCCCAUCGCUGUUAACAGUAAUUAAAGACGAGCUAUCGAGGAAUCUAAUCGUCCUUUUGAGCACUGAGAGACUAUCAAUUUUAGCGGCUGAUUUGCAAGUUGCGUUUUUGGUAUUUGAAUCCCAGAGGGAGCAUUUAAAGUUCCAGCUGGAACACUACCUGCUGAAAUUAAUGGAGAUUAUUGACUCCGAAAGCAGUAGGAUCAGUUACGAACAGCGAGAGUUAGCAUUAGAGGCCAUAACUAGGUUAUGGAGGAUUCCUGGGUUGCCUGCGGAAAUGUAUAUUAACUACGAUUGCGGGCUCUAUUCUUCAAAUUUGUACGAAGAACUAAUGAAGUUACUGUCGAAGAAUGCGUCGGCUUUAAUGGGGAGUAUGCACAGUAUUCAAUUCGUUGCAUUAGACGCUAUAAUUAUGCUAAUAGCUGGGAUAGAAGCGCGGUGUAAAGGUUACAAAGAUCUCUACAAGCCAGCCAGGCACGACCCUAGUCCUGUUUUACCGACAGUCGAAGAUCUAAAGCUCGCCAAGACUAACAAGCGUUGGCUAGCUCACGGUACCGAGAAAUUCAACGAACAUCCGCGAACUGGAAUCGCGAAGCUUGCCGAACACGGUCUUCUAGGCCCGGGGGAGCCCGAUCCAGAGCGAAUUGCAAAACUGCUGAGAGAGAAUCCGAUGUUGGACAAAUUAGCAAUUGCGGAGUACAUUAGCCGGAAGGAAAACACGAAUAUCUUAAAUUCAUUUGUCAAGAGCUUGGAUUUAAGGAACAUGCGCGUUGACCAGGCGUUGAGGUUCUACUUGGAGUCCUUUAGACUCCCGGGAGAGGCGCCACUGAUCAGUCACUUGCUAGAAAAGUUUGCAGAACACUGGCAUGAUAGCAAUGGACGGCCAUUUGCUUCAGCAGACGCUGCUUUUACAUUAGCUUACGCAGUGAUUAUGUUAAACGUCGAUCAGCACAAUCGCGUCGCUACUAAGCAGAACAAUCCGAUGACAGUCGAACAGUUUAAAAAGAAUGUAAAGAACUGCAACGGCGGGAACGCCGAUUUUGAUCAAGAUAUGCUGGAGGAGAUCUACAAUUCUAUAAAAAGCGACGAGAUUGUUAUGCCGGCGGAACAAACUGGGCUGGUGAAGGAAAACUACCUUUGGAAGGUUCUCCUAAGAAGAGGCGAGAGUCCCGAAAGCGUUUACAUCAAAGUAGGCAACGAAGGAAGCUUCGUGGAUAAGGAACUGGCUGAGAGAGCUUGGGCGCCGAUAAUAAGCGCCCUCUGUCGCGCUUACGACAAAGCUCCAGACAGAACAUUGCAGCGACGCGUUGCUCAAACUUUCUUAUGGUGCGCUGGAAUUAGCGCCCACUACAACAUGACCAGUGAUCUAGACACCUUAAUAGUCUCUUUGUGCAAGUUCACUGGAUUAGCGACAGGUGGCGAGUCUGACCAAGUGAUCCUCCACUUCGGAGGAAGCGGACGUUGCCAAUUAGCUGCAAGAACACUGUUUAAAAUAACGCACCUGCAUGGCGACGGAUUGAGAGCUUCUUGGAAGAACAUCAUCGACUGUAUGCAGACUCUUUACAAGGCCAGGUUGUUGCCAAAGAACAUGACCGACGGAGAAGACUUCUUGGAUCCUUCAGGGAAAGUUUCACUGCUAAGAGAACCAACGACUCCCAAAGCGCCCCCAGCUGGCCAAGGAAUUCUAUCAAGCUUGUACUCCUACAUCGCAUUGGACAGCCGCGUUGCGCAUCCUGCGGAAGCUACGGCAAAGAAACGCGCGGCUGAUUGCAUCGCCAACUGCUACCUCAAGCAGAUUCUAGAAGAGUCCAAGUUCUUGCAAGAAAGUUCUUUAAGGCCUUUAGUGGGUGCUUUAGUUUCCGUGAAUUCCCAUGAUGAAGACAUCGCAGUUUUUCUGUUGGAACUUCUUCUAGAAGUGACCAUCCAGAACCGCGACCGGGUUAUGUGCAUCUGGCCGAUAGUCCUCGCACAUAUGGACGGCUUGCUGACCACAGCAGCUCGUGAGAACCACCCUUACCUCCUGGAACGGGUCGCCGUAGGAAUGCUAAGACUGGCAAUUCGUCUUCUUCGAGGUGAAGAGUUUGCUGUUACAGUUCUACCUCCCCUGAUGCCACUGACCCACUUACCCUCGGCAACAACAGCUCCCCUAGCCCGGCAAAUCGCUUACGGACUCUUUGAACUGCUAAAAACUGGCGCUGCUAACAUCCACAGCAGCGAGGAUUGGAAGGUUGUCUUCAGUUUGCUGGAAUGUUCUGGCGCUGGUGCGCUAUCUCCCAAACCCACUUCAGAAGAUACCACCCAAAGGUCCGUCCUGGACCAAAGGCCCAUAAGUCCCGUACCUGAGUGGGUUCUAGUGUCUCCAACUGGAACGGAAGCUCCCCUACCCGUUGCCGCGGAUUCAAUUGUCCUAGACCGGGAUUUCCUGACCCACGACCCGGUUUCUUUGAUAAAGUCCUGCGAGAGCUUGACAUUCCUAGUCCGGGACGUCGCUCACGUUACCCCGUUCAACUUUGAGCUGUGCAUCCAGUGCAUCCGCACCUUUGUCGAAGCUGUCCUCCAGGUUCCUACUAAACGUGUUAAACUGAACCCCCUAGCUCUUGAAAAUGAAACCUACCACGCGGCUCCUAUCCAGCUGCUGGAACUGAUGCACACCUUGCACGCCAGAACCGCUCAGGUGUUCCGCUGGUGGGCGGAAGAAAGUGGAACUACGGAAGUAGUGAGCUUGUGGCCUACCGCCUGGCGCCCUCUUUUGCAAGGGAUAGCUAGACUUUGCUGCGAUUCUAGAAGAGGAGUUCGCGCUGCGGCGAUCACUUACCUCCAGAGCACUCUGUUGGCGGCGGACCUGAACCAGCUGACGGCAAUUGAGUGGUCCCAGUGCUUGGAACAGGUUCUGUUCCCGCUUUUGGCGCAAUUGUUGAGCCCAAUUGCGGCCCAUGAUCCAAUUGGCGUUGAAGAAACGAGAGUCAGAGCCGCCAUGUUGCUUUCCAAAGUCUUCCUGCAUCACUUGACCCCAUUGUUGACCCUCCCCGGGUUCUUACCCUUGUGGCUCACGGUUCUGGAUUUGCUCAGGUCGUAUAUGCAUGUAGAUCACAGUGAGCUGCUAUUUGAAGCCAUUCCUGAGUCGCUGAAGAAUAUGUUGCUGGUGAUGUCUUCUACGGGGGUGUUGACGCCAACUUCUAACCUUUGGGAGCCUACUUGGAGGACUAUCAACGGAUUUCUGCCAAACUUGAAGGAAGAACUGUUCCCGGAACCGCCGGUUCCUGAACCAGAAGAGGCCAAGGGUUCAGAAGUGAUUAGUUUAGUGGAACAAGAGCAGCCGAGCUUCAGGAUUGAAGGGUCCAUUGCUGUGCAACCGGAUGGUCAGGAUGGUAAUGAUGUUCCCGUGGGAAUUCCCCUUGUGGUGCCAUCUCUGGGGGAGAGUGAGGGAGUUAACAAGUCACCGAAUAGGAAUUCGGUACUCUUGUCUGCGGAGUAUUAUAGAGCAGUAGGACAGGAUUUUGGAAUUCCAAGUUUAGGAGUUGAGGCUAAGGAACAACAACAGGUUAUUAAUCUGCUUAACCAGCCACCGCCGAGUGUCGCUAGUCCUGUGGCUAUUCAGCCUAUUUCGCAGUCCUUUGAAUUUUACCUACCGAGGGUGGAUGGUAAGGUAGAGAGUGCGUUGGAGGAACAGAAGGAAGAGGGCAGGGUUGAACAGCAGGAUUUGGAGGGGUCUUUUAGUCCUACUCAUCAACUUACGGUGAGUUUUUUAUGA